AUGCCUCGGCAGGAGGAUUUCACCACAGCCAGUGCUCGGCGAAAUCGCAUCUCCCAACAAACGAGAAGUGGAUACACAUCUGGACUCAACCAAAUCAAGAAAUGGGUUGUACAGGCAGGACUGCACGACCUUCUGGGUCCAUGUAGUGAGAGCCGAGACGGAACGACGCUGGACCUGAAUCACUUCACCUACAAGCACUUCCUCUCCUUCAUAGAAUGGACAGUCGAAAACAAGGAUGUCGAGAUGGGAACAAUCAGCGGGUAUCGCAGUGCCAUCCAGAGCCUUUACAAGGACCAAGGACUACGAAAGAGCGUGGCCCAUGGGCUUCAAACUGGUGAAAAAGUGUACCGAGGAAAGCGUCCGAUGACGUUUGAUCUUUUCGAGUCGCUGUGCGUAAAGAGCAUGGCACUGAACGAUGGUGGCUUCGCGCAUUUGUUCCUGGAUCGCUUUGGAAAGUCACUUGCUGCGUUGGUUUGCGGGGGCAGCUCAAAAGCAAAGAAGGACAUUGGGACUCACUCCAUUCGGAAGGGUGCUGCUACGUUUGUGUCAUCGGGCAGCACCGGGGGUCCGUCAAUUAUCAGUGUGUGCCUUCGGUGUGGCUGGUUCCUCGGAAAUGUCAUGGAGAGGUACUUUCGGAAAUUGGAAAAAAACGAAGUGAUUUUGAUAUCCAUGCCUGCCAAGAUUUUGGACGGCGUGCGGAGUAUUGUCGAAGACCAUGCAAACACGGAACAAGCGUAA